GACCCAGCGAAAUAUGUAUUUUCACCGUGACCCUACUAUGAAGAACGGAACUGCUUGUCCAUUUUUAUUUUUUUUGUUUUGUUUUGUUUUCUCUAAAUCCACCAAAACUGAAGAAAUUGAAGUUGACUGGUUCGUGGCGGCUUUUUUGUGGCCUGCUCUGUUCAGGCUCAGAGGGAGUUCCCCCCCGUCUCCACCAUUCAUCACCUGCUUUCAGCGGCCAACCGCGGCCACCUCAGCCUCUCGCCGGACAGGCCAGAUCAUGGAGCACAAACUGCAGCAGGAACAGGAGAGGACGCACCUAUUCCAGAAGCACAAUGCUUUGCAAAGGACCGCCUGGUCCAAGACCACCAACGGACCAUCGCCAUCACGGGGGGUAGUGAAGGGGCCGCCAUGGUUCGACUCCAAAUUCAAUGGCGGGGCGGAGGAAUCGGGACAGGCAGGUGGUUUUCUCAACUGUGGGGGCAACUGAAGGUUACAGAGAACAUCACAGAGCUGGAGGCUGGCGGUUUACACGACGGAACCGGAUGGCGGAGGAGGACGACAGAGAGACGACGCUUGACGAAGGGAGGGAGUGGAGGGAUACACCACGAGGUGGGAGAGGAUGCGUGGGUCUCCAACGCCAGGCCUCUAGCCCCAACGAAAGGGCCAGCCCAAAGAGAUGAAUCGUUGGCCCGGGAUCAAAGAUGGACCCCUGUGCCGCUCUGGCUGCCACAAAGGGGCGUCGAGGUUGGCACGGCGCCCGCGUCCCCGGUGACAACCAUGCAGAUGGGUUGCCAGGCGCAAGGGGUCAACAGCAAAGUGGCUGAACGUGUACAUCCUGUGAGAUGUCUGGUCUCACAUCUCUCUCUCGCUCUCUCUAUCUCUCUCUCUUUUCCCCCUUUCUCUUGCUCUCUCUCUCUUUCAUGUUGUCAGUUCCUGCGGUCCACCAUGAAGUGGAGGCCGAGGCCGGUCUGGAGGCUCUCAUGGUCGGGGGAGAACUGCGCCGAACCCUCCGUCUGGCCCCCAUCUUGUCCAGAUCUACAGUGAACCCCCAGAAUCUCCAUGGAGGGAGUGGCGUACUGAAGACGACAUUCCUGUCAGCGCAAUGUGUCCUGUCCAGGAGGUCAGCAGCAACAUUGGCAGCUGGAGGAUGGACCUCUAUGUGAAAGGAAUACCUCUUGGUGAUGGGACGAUGAAGCUACUCAGCAGAUACAGAGAGAAGAGGAGUUGAGAAGCUCCCCUGCUGGUUUUAGUGAGUGAGGAGAGUGGAGCCGAGCUGCAAGCAGGCUAGCGCUGCACAAGGAUACGAACAGUGGAGCCAUGAGUAGGGCGCUUACGGACCCUAUCGGCAGUAGCUUCAGAGAAGAUGCUCCUCGUCCUCCGGUACCGGGGGAAGAGGGAGAAGCGUCAUGCCACACUCCCAGCAAAUAUGCCAAAAUGAGACCUCAAAACAAGGCUAAACUGAUUGCUGCCUCUUCUUCGAGUUCCACGCCGCGGAGGAACGAGGAUGGACUCGGGGAACCCGAAGGGAGCGCGUCCCCGGACUCUCCGCUUGCCCGGUGGACGAAGUCGUUGCAUUUUCUCUUGGGUGACCAAGACGGUGCUCACCUUUUCAGGACAUUUUUGGAGCGGGAGCAAUGCGUGGACACGUUAGACUUUUGGUUCGCCUGCAACGGGUUCAGGCAAAUGGACCUUAAAGAUUCCAAAACGGUACGAGUUGCCAAAGCAAUUUACAAACGGUACAUCGAAAACAACAGCAUUGUCGCCAAGCAAAUGAAACCUGCUACAAAGGCAUACAUAAGGGAUAGUAUUAAGAAGCAACAGAUAGACUCCGCAAUGUUCGACCAGGCACAGACUGAGAUUCAGUCGACCAUGGAGGAGAAUGCUUACCAGAUGUUUUUAACUUCUGACAUAUACCUCGAGUACGUUCGCACCGGGUGCGAGAACGCUGCCUACGUGAAUCACGGCAAUCUUGGAAGUCUGAAGUUGAUGUGUGGGUAUCUUCCUCCGUUGAUUGAGGACAAGGAAUGGAAUUGCAAUGACUUAAAAGUAAAAGCCCUGGCCACUGUGGUCGGACUAUCGGAGAAAACAUUACGAGCUACUGUAUCCAUUAGGACAACGGAUGUGCUGGAACAUGCGUGCAGGUCGCAGAGGCGAGGAGAGCCGGCGAGUCCGUACUUCGUCAACUCGGGCCACGUGUUCGUCCCCGCCACCAGUGCCAACGACAGCGAGAUCUCCAGCGACGCCAUGACGGACGACUCCAUGUCGAUGACGGAUAGCAGUGUUGAUGGCAUCCCUCCGUACAAACUGGGCAGCAAGAAACAGCUUCAGAGGGAGAUGCAUCGCAGUGUCAAAAUCAACGGCCAGGUCUCGCUCCCCCACUUUCCGAGGACGCACCGGCUGCCGAGGGAGAUGACGCCCGUGGAGCCGUCGGCCUUCGCCGCUCAGCUCAUCACCCGUCUGGAGAAGCUCAAGAAGGAGCAGGAGACCCUGAGCUCCCUGGAGGAGCGACUGCAGCAGAUCCAAGAGGAGGAGGAGAGGGACGAGAGCGAGGUGCCCGGCAGCAGCGUUGCGGUCCACCACCCUCCCCACGCCUUGGGCCUGCUGCCCUCGGGCUCCUGCGAGGAGGACCCACAGGCCAUCCUGGACGAGCACCUCUCCCGCGUCCUCAAGACGCCCGGCUGCCAGUCGCCCGGCGUGCCCGUCCGCUACUCGCCGCGGUCCCGCUCGCCUGACCACUGCACCUCAGCCGCCGCCGCCGCCGCCGGCCUCAUCCUGGGCGCGGGCAGCCCCUCGUCGUUCGGCGUGGCGCCCGCCGCGGGCAAGGGUCCCCUGGGCCACCGUCAGGCCACCAAGCACAUCCACCACCACUACAUCCACCACCACCACGCCGCCUCGCCCAAGACCAAGGAGCAGAUCGAGGCGGAGGCGGCACAACGCGUGGCCCAGUGCCUGUGUCCACCCACCGCCGCAACCGCCGCCGACUACGCCCACCAGCGCUGCCACAGCCCGGCCGAGUUCAACGCUGGGCGUUCUAGCACUUUGUCCAAGAGACCCAGCAAGGCCAGCGACGGCGUGAGCGCCAGUCUGUCCGGGGGAGAGGGCAGCGUCUCCCCUCAGCUGCCCUCGGACGGAACCGACCGCUCGCAGAACGUGUGGCAGUGGAUACUGGAGAGCGAGAGGCAGAACCGGCACAAACCGCACAGCACUCAAGGCCUGAAGAAGUCCCACACCCCCGAGGCCUCGUCCAAAACCCUCCCCAGUCGGACGCCGUCCUGGGGAGGCGGCGGCAUCGUCGGCGGUGGUGGCAGCCACUCCCGCAACCACCACCCAGGGCACCCCUUCAUCCAGGACCCAGCCAUGCCCCCUCUACCCCCGCCCAACACCCUGGCCCAGCUGGAGGAGGCCUGUCGGCGCCUGGAGGAGGUCUCCAAACCCCCCAAACAGAGCAGGCAUUCAGUAUCCAGCCUUCAAAGGGACAGGAGCCAUCCGCAACCCUUCAUGAAUGGGAACUCAGCUCCAGCCAACCCCAGCCUUCAGAUAGACGAGUGGAAAGAGCCAAAGAAGCCAUGCGGCGGACACAACGGGGCUCCAGCAGCGCUGACGCCAUCGUUGUUCUCGUCGUCGUCCUCGUACUCGUCGUCGUCGCCGGGCUCAGAGCUGGUGGUCACGUACUUCUUCUGCGGGGAGGAGAUCCCGUAUCGGCGCAUGAUGAAGACGCACAGCCUGACCCUUGGCCACUUCAAAGAGCAGCUGCGCAAGAAGGGCAGCUACAGGUACUACUUCAAGAAGGCCAGCGACGAGUUUGAGUGCGGCGCCGUGUUCGAGGAGGUGUGGGACGACUGCACAGUCCUGCCCAUGUACGAAGGCAAAGUCCUGGGCAAAGUGGAGAGAAUGGACUGAAGUGGAGAGACUACAAGCAAACAAACAAACAAACAAACAAACAACGGAGAGAAAAAAAAAAGAAUAAAUAAGAAACGACACCGCAGGACACUUCUUCUGGAUUCAGUCAUUUGUAAGCUAACCAGAGUUAAUAUAUCCAAAAUGACUGCAGGCAGGACACAUAAAGCUAUUGAAGGAACACUACAAGGACAACAGUUAAACAAUGAAGUACUCUGAAGAGCGGAGGAGCAAAAAAAAAAACCUUUGGAAUGGACACCCUUUCCCAACCCUCAGCCUUAGACCCAGUAGGGAAUGGGAUUCUGGGUAUUGUAGUUCCCAGAUAGGCCCCUCCACUCUGACUGUAACCACUGAAGACAUAGACUGUUUGGAGAGAUAUAUAGGAGGUAUGCACGAGCAGGAGCUCCACUACUAUGCCGAAUGGAUGAACUGGCAUGUCGUGGAACCUGUUGUACUAAAAACCUAUGAUGAAAUGUCCAUACGUGUGCAUAUACAUACAAGCCUUUAUGUAUAUUUACAUGUAUUCACCACAGAUGUUGUUGUUUUGAUUUUUUUUUAUUUGAUUUGUUUUUAUUUGUAUUUCUUAAAAGAAAGUUUAUUAAGUAUUUAUUAAACUGUACACCCCUGUUCCCACCCCCCACCUUACCCCCACAAAUGUACACCCCACGUCCUAAAGGAUGGACUAGCUGCUUUCAGAGACAUGGGAGAGAGGUGUUUUGUUGGAACUGCCCCAAAGUUGCCAGAGCUGCCCCAGAUAUCAGCUAUUCUGAACCGGACCGAACCAGGGUCUGACCUCAGCCAGGCUUGGUUCCACUCUCAGUUGGUUACCAGGGGAACAGCCGCCAUCUUGCUUCCUGUCAUUUCAGCCCAUUCCUCACCGUGUCAGGAGCCCACAGAGAAGCAAUUCCAAAAGCGUUAGGAUGGCCGGGUCCGCUCGUUUUUGCUACUGAUUCUGAUAGUUCACACACACACGGGCACCUGCCAGCCCCCCUUUACCCUCCCCCAGAAAACAGAGCUCUUCCCUUUGUGCCUUUGUUUAAGGGUCAGGUAUUGCGGAAGAAUGGACAAAGCAGUAGCGAAAAGUAAAGUGCUAAAGAAGUGUUCACUUAAAGCUUUUGCCAUCGGCCUGCCAGUCGCAAGGGAGCGUUUACAAUGCUGUGAAUCCAAGUGCACCAAAAAAAAAAAAAAACGAAACAUGCAAAACCCAAGAGCUCUUUAUCCGCCCCUGAAACAAUUGGCAAUUGUUAUUGGCCUUCAACAACAACAAAAACUGGUCUUGGACUUCUUCUCCGAAUGUCAGUCCCCGCGCUAUAGGUUCCCCUGAGUCCAGCUCCUGUACACGUGGGAAUGGGGCAUUGCAAGCUGCAGAGACACUAUUAUUAUGUUCUGUUCCUCUAGUACAGCACCUGUGCCUACAUGGACUUCCUACCAUGUAUUACCCUGCUUCAGGGUCUAUUCUUCCCUCGGUUUUCAGAAGGGCUUUAUGUUGAAAAGAUAUUUUUAUGCUUUUAAUAAUAUCCUGUAAUCAUUGUUUUUUUUGUUUUUGUUUUUUUGUUUUGUUUAGUUUUUUUGGUUUGUUUUGUUUUUUACAUAUUUUUUUUGUUCUAUCUAAACUGUAAAAUAUACAUUAUAUAAAGAGUUUCAUUUAAAGAUUUACAUGGACCUAUAAUUAUUGUAAUUAUUAAGAGAUGUAGCCUUUAUUAAAGUUUUAUAUUUUUCAAAUGAAA